GCCACCCGGUGUGCAGGAGCCAACAGCCCCAGCUAGCAACACCUGCAGCACCAAUCACCAUUAGCUUUGCAAUUGCAGAGCUCAAUUCAGCUGCGCAACGCCUAGCAACAUCCGCAAGAAGAAGCAGAGCUAGAGAUGGCCAUGGCUAGCAGAGCCAUCCUCGCCGUCGCGGCCGUGGCCGCCCUGGCGGUGCAGCUCGCCGCGGCGGUGGACCAUCCGGUGGGAGGCAGCGGCGCCUGGGACGCCAGCGGCACCAACUACAACGCCUGGGCCGCAAAGCAGCCCAUCAAGCAGGGCGACACCAUGUCGUUCCAGUACUCGGCGUCGCACGACGUCACGGAGGUGACCAAGGCCGACUACGACACCUGCUCCGGCGCCAACCCCAUCAAGUCCUACACCGGCGGCGCCACCACCAUCAAGCUCACCACCCCGGGCAAGCGCUACUUCAUCUGCAGCGUCACCGGCCACUGCUCCGCCGGCAUGAAGCUCGAGGUCACCGUCGCCGCCGCCGCGCCCGCGCCAGCAGGCAAGAGCAAGCCCCGCCACCAGAGGAGCGUCGCCCCGACCCCGGCCCCGGCAAUGGCGCCGGAGCCUUCGUCCACCGAGGAGCUCCCCAACGUGUCCUCGCCCACCGCGGCGCCGGCGCCCAAGUCGUCGGACGCGGCCACCAUUGGAGGCAAGGCUGUCGUGGGGCUCGCCUUGGGCGUCGUCGCCAUGGCCCUGGUGGCCAUGUGAGCGUCGUGACACGCACGCAUGAUUUGUUAUUUUUUUGCAGAGAAUUAAUUAAUUAUUAUAUCCUGCGGCGCACCGACGGUUGUUGAUGAACAAGUUUACAGAUGUUUUUUUUUUCUUUUGGCUUUGGCUACCGUGUAUUCUAUUCGAUUAUAUUAUUAUUAUUAUUAUUAUACAUGAUGAUUAGUGCAUGUA